GGAGCAGCGACUCGACUCCAAGCUCCCCCUGAUGUCCGAGCUCCUUAACCUAUCUCUAAGGCUGAGCCCGGCCACCCUACGGAGGAAGCUCAUUUCGGGCGCUUGUAUCCGAGUUGUAACCCAACAAGAAUCAAUCAGAUUUGCCAUCUUCAAAAUGAAUCGACUCCAGUGGCCGCAGGCCGAGCGUUUGGCCUCCGUCUUCGUGGCCACGUUGGCCCUGCUGAGCUGCGUCCGGGCCAUGCCGAGCACGGACCACCCGCUCCGUCGCGGCCAACACUUCCUGUUCAUGUGGAACGCCCCGACGGAGCUGUGCGACAUCCACUUCGACAUGCCGCUCGACCUCUCCCACUUCCACUUGAUCAGCAGCACGCUGAAGACGGCGAUCAACCAGAGCAUCUCCAUAUUCUACAUUGACCGCUUCGGCCUCUUCCCCUACGUGGACGAGGACACCGGAGAGCUGCACGACGAGGGCCUGCCGCAGCUGGUCGACCUGCAGGAGCACCGCGACCUCGCCGAGGACGACAUCGAGUUCUACAUCACCGGCAACCGGCCGGGCCUCGCCGUGCUCGACUUCGAGGAGUGGCGGCCGCAGUGGGUUCGAAACUGGGGCAGCAAGGACAUCUACAGGCAGAUUUCCAUCGAGACGGUCCAGGAGAACAACCCGUGGAUGACGGAGGACGAAGUGGAGGCCCGGGCGCAGGCCUCCUUCGAACGCGGCGCCAGGAGGUACUUCGUCCGCUCCAUCCGCAUCGGCAAGGCGCUGAGGCCCAACCGCCUCUGGGGCUACUACCUUUACCCCGACUGCUACAACUACGACUACAACCAGGACAUGGCGGGCUUCACCGGAGAGUGUCCCCCCAUCGAGAAGGACCGGAACGACAAUCUGCUGUGGCUCUGGAAGGAGUCCACGGCCCUCUUUCCCUCCAUCUACCUGGAGCUGACGCUCAGGGACACCCUGCAGGCCCGGCACUACGUCCGGCAUCGCAUCCAGGAGGCCAUGAGGGUGUCGAUCCUCCCCAACAGCUCCUACGCCAUCCCCAUCUACGCCUAUAUCCGGCCCGUCUACAAGGACAGCACCGACGACUACAUGUCAGAGUUUGAUCUUGUGAACACCAUCGGAGAAGCUGCUGCUCUCGGCGCCGCUGGCAUCAUUUCCUGGGGAGACAUGGCCGUCACCGACUCAGUGGAUUCCUGCUUGGACGCCCAAAUCCACCUGCAGCAGGUCAUGAACCCGUACAUCCUGAACGUGUCCACGGCGGCUCGGCUCUGCAGCGAGGCGCUCUGCCAGGGCCGUGGUCGCUGCUUGAGGAAGCGCUGGGACCAAGACGUCUACCUCCACCUCGACCCGCGGCGCUACGACAUCGGCCGCGGGCGUCCCGGCGGCCCGCUGACCGUGCUCGGCGGCCUUUCGCAGGACGACGUUGACUACUUCGACCGCAACUUUGACUGCAUUUGCUACGACGCGAAGACGUGUCGCUCGGUCCUGAUGGACGACUCCACCCCCAAGGCCGUCAACGCCGUCCCCAAGGCCGUCGUCAAUGCAACCAAUGGAGGUGCUCACAGGCCCCUCCCCCUCCUGCUGGCGACGAUAUUGCUCAGUCUUAAGUACGUUGUGAUGAGGAUAUAAGUUAAUGGCAUAAAUGUGGUACUUGGGGUUCAGGAGGUGUGGGUUUUAGGCACUUAAAGGACAAGUCCACAGUUUUAACAGCCCACUUUGUUUUAUUGCUGACCUUUUUUUAACCCCGUUUAUCGGCCUUUCAAUUAAAGAUGGAUUUAGUUUUAAUUCACAGAACUUUAGA